UUUGUCUUCUUCUUGUCCAGCCCGGAGGUGCGCGAACGGGAGGAGCGCCGGGCACGGCGCCAAGGGAGGAGAAAGGGAAGAGGCACCACCUGAAUGAUGACGUCCGAGAGAGAAAGAGAGAGAGACAGAGAGAGAGAGAGGAUGGAGGAGGGGAGGGUAGCGAGGGAGGGGUCUGCUCUCUCCUCCACUCCUCAUUCAGUUUGUUCAUCCGAGCAGUCAAGCCGCUGGCCAGGUCUCGGAGGCAGGAGCCCAAUCUCAAGUGCGCCCGCGCUCGGAGGAUGCAGCGGCGCGUGCCCGGAGGUUCCGGCGCGGCGCGCGUGCUCGGACCCGCGUUGAAGACGUCGGCGAGAAUCUCCCGGAAGUGAGUCCGCGGCGGGGCGCAGCAUGAAGCCCCUCCUGCCGCUGCUGCCGCUCUUGCCGCUCCUACUGCUGCCGGGCCCGUACGGGCGCUGCGCACCUGCCGACCGGCGGCACCCCAAGAACAACGGCGAGCCCCGGUGGGCGAGCGGGAGCACGGCCAUGCCAGUGUGGGCGGCAGCGACGCAGCUGCGGGCCCCCGCCCUCCAGCACGACACCUGCCUGGGCUACUACGACGUGAGCGGGCAGUUCGACAAAGAGUUUGGCUGCAACAACACGGACCACCGCUUCUGCUGCGGGAGCUGCUUCCUGCGCUUCUGCUGCGCGGAACGCGGCAAGCGGCUGGACCAGACAUUCUGCACCAACUACAACACGCCCGACUGGAUCAAGACACAGCCGCCCUCGCCCGCCCCCACCGGCGACACCUACGACCCCGAGCUGGAUCGCACCAACGCCACCGUCUACAUCAGCUGCGGAGUGGUGGCACUGGUGGUCGCCGUGGGGAUCUCCGCCAAGGUGGCCUACGACAAGGCCACCAAGAACCCCCAGGAGAUGAACGUGCACAGAGCGCUGGCGGACAUCUUGAUGCAGCAGGGCCCUGUUCCCAUUUCCCAAUACGAGCAUGACAACAUGGACGCCAUGAUGGAUGACUCGCCCAAAGACGGCACACCCGUCCGGACCGCCAAGAACAACUACACGCCCGUGCACGGCAAGUCCUCCAACCACGCAGGGCACUAUGGGAUGGAGGCCCUUCACAACGCCAGCGCCGACAUGCUCAUCUCGUCAGGCUUUGUGACACUCGGGCGAGGACACCUGAAAGCGCAGCAUUCCAUCGACGAGUCGCCGCAGAUGUCCUGGCAGAACGAGCUGGACCUCCCCAUGUCGUACGGGAACCACCAUCACCAUGACUACCAGCACAGCCACGUAGAUCUCACCGCCCUCACACCGAAGAUGGCAAACAGACACGCGCGACACGAGCGAGCAGCGCGGAGCAACAACAUCCUGACGGCGGCCACCGAGCCCUACGACCUGUCGCUAUCCAGAUCCUUCCAGAAUCUCAGCCACCUUCCGCCCUCCUACGAGCUUGCGCUCUCGUCUGACUUGAGUGACAAGGAAAUGGACGACUUCUACGCCAGGAAGCGUCACCACGCGGACUUGGGCGGCCGAGGCCACACCCACAUGGCCAAAUUGAACGCCGACCCGCCGUCGCAUCAUCACCAUCAUCACCAUCAUCAUCAUCAACAACAACAUCAACGUCAGCGUCCUCGUCGUGUCCAGCGCGCCAUGUCCCAGGACCACGUCCUCUCGCCGCCCCGGACGCCUCGCCGCGGGGACUAUGGUCUCCCCUCGUACGGCAACGGGGCCGCCGCCGCCGGGUACGGGGGCGCUCGCCACCCGUCGGAGGAACUGCUGCUGUCGGCCGAGCGCCUGCGCUCCCAGGAUACUUUGCUGUCUCCCGCCAUGCGCCGCGACAAGUUCCGGCAGAAAGCCAUGGCACGCGCCAUGUCACACGCCGACAUGCUGAUGCCCACCACGCCCGUCCAUGAGCGCCACCGCAUGGGAAAAAUGCUGUCAGAGCCUGGUGACGCCUACAACACGCUUGGUGUCAACACGCACGCCAGCACCGCCAAGAGGCAGGCCUUUGCUUCGCGCCGGACGCACACCGUGGACCACCUUCAGUUCAGCGCGGGACAUCAUCACGCGACCAACGAGGUCACCGUUUGACUGCAGAAGGACCACUUCCUGUUUCUGCUCAUCCACUUCCUGUUGCCCCCUAGAAUGGCGGCCAACAGCACCACAAGGGCUUUGUCGUGGCAAACCAUCUUCCAUUUUGGAACAUUCAUGCAACUGUGCAGAAGCGACGUCAUAUUUGUGUGCACACAGCCACGCAAACGCUAGCGAUGAUGUCAUCGAUACCUAAACGGCGAAUGCUAAAUGCUAAACGACGUCAUCUUUACUCUUUUAUUCUUAGCAUUCCUGUGGUCAGAGAAAUGCGAGCGAUAAUGCCAUCAUUCGCUAAAAUGCUCAUUCCCAAACAAUGCUAAAAUUCUAUUAUUUUGUUAUUUUGAUCUUUGAGUAGCAUCAUCAUCAAAGAUGACAUCGUCAUUAGCGUUCACGCGGUUACGCUCCAAUUUUGUAAAUACGCUUCUGUAAACACUCUUCCGCUCUUUCUUUCCUUCUUUCUCUAAUGUAGACUUUUGAAUAUCUAUAUAAGACUCACAUUUACGUGAAAUGUUGAUUUAUUAACGUCGCUACGAUCGGGGUCAUUCUGCGUCCAAGAGCUUGCGGAAAUAAUCAGAUCAACGGCGGCCGAUCAGACUCCUUCACAAUGUCGCCUCGUUUGUAUCAACCCACAUCUAAUUGAAUGGAUGGAUAAAAAAAAAAAAGUUUGUUUUUAUACCUACUGUGUGCGUGUGUGAGGAAUCUCUUACACCCUUUCCUCUUGUUUCCAGCCAAUCAGUUGCCAGAAUGUCCUCAGUUCCCAACUUAGUGUUCACUUGAUCUUAAUUCUUCUCUGACAAACUUCAAUAAAAUCCACUUCUUAGGUUUGGUGAUUGUUGAACUGAUUGACAGCUGUCAUGUCCACUUUUGUUUUAGAUGCAAUAAAACUGGAAAGUUUUGUUUGAUAUG